GUACUUGUAACUGACACUUGGUUUUGGGAGCGAAGAAGACUCACCUAGCACAACAACAAUUAAGCUAACGCUAUUGGAACAGAAUUCGAGCGAAAAUAUGAACGAAUAUGUUUUUUUUGUGCCUGAAACAACUUUAAAGGUAUGAGCAGGAAACGGGCUCUUAUUUCCGACACGUUCAAGUUGAAGAAAAGACGAAAUGGCACCCAGACGUUCGGCGUCAAAAGUGAUGACCAAGGUCCCAUUAACGUCAGAAGUAGCUUGGAGUACCUCAUGACGUUGUUCCCCAGAAAGCUCUUCAAUGACGCCUUGCCUCAAAUGGUGCUGAAGCACCAACUCUACAGCAUUCACCAGGACAAGACUCUGGUGGACAAGGAAGUGAAUAAACUGCGCGAGGACGGCGAGCUGCUCAUGUUCCAGCUCGGCUUCGACGCCGAGGCCUUCGGGCUGGUUUUUGCUUCCGACUACAAAACCAAAGUGCUGGCGGGAGAAGAGGGCAAAGCCACCAGAGCCACCGUGGACAAGUUCUUGGAGAAGGCGCUGACACCCUGCACGGAUCUCAGCUUCAACAAGGACAAGAUGCUCAGGGAGUUCCUCUUCUCGGACACUGAAAUCACGCAGCUGGUGAAAGCCGGGGUGUUGACGGUGAGAGAUGCAGGCAGCUGGUGGCUCUCCAUUCCCAACUCUGGGAAAUUCACCAAGUACUUCAUACAAGGUCGUAAAGCCGUUCUAGGCAUGGUGAAGAAGUCCAGAUACAAUCAAGUGCUGAAGGCCGACCUGGAGGAGCGGCGCACUCCCUCACAAGUCAAAUUCCACAUCAAAUACCACAUCCAUGACAUUGUUGGUGCCGAACUGCUGGAAAGCAUCACGACAACUUCAGGGACUUUGUUACGAUUCGUUGACUUCUGAUUCAGUUCCUGUCGACACAUCCACCUUGAAAGACUUCAUUUGUCCAAAAAUGCCUUAUUAAAAAAAAUUAUG